GGCGUGAUGCAAAAGACUGGAGCAGACGACCUACACGGACAUUGUUCGCUGCCGGACUGAGACGGAAAUCCAAUUCAAGCAAGCAAGGUUUGGGUGAAGAUGACCGCGUCCGUAGUUCGGGGUUGCGGCCAACUUUUGCGUUGUCCAUCUGUUUUUUGUAAAGGUUAUCUUCGUCCAGGUUUUCUAAAUUAUGCUGCUCUGUGCCACCAAAGUUCUCAGCCAUCAAAAUUGCCUGUGGGAUAUGUUCCAGAAACAUCUUUAUCCAAGCCUCCAUGGCCAGAAGUAAAACUACCUGAUCCUGAAGAGGAAAAAAAGCAAAACAUAGAUGUUGUGCAUAAAGUGAAUGACCUUAUAGCCACCGGGCAAUAUGGAAGGCUGUUUGCUGUUGUUCACUUUGCUAGCAGGCAGUGGAAGGUGACAAAUGAGGACUUGAUACUGAUUGAAAAUCAUAUAGAUGCAGAAUGUGGAGAAAGGAUCUGUCUUGAAAAGGUACUACUUGUAGGAAGUGAAAACUUCUCUUUAAUAGGAAGACCAUUACUUGGGAAAGAUUUGGUGCGAGUAGAAGCGACAGUUAUUGAAAAAACAGAAUGCUCACCAAAAGUUCACAUGGUAUUUUGGAAAAGACACAGGUUCCAGAAGAAAAAAUUCAUUGUGCAACCUCAGACUGUACUUAGGAUCAACAGUAUAGAAGUCCUUCCAAACUUGUCGUAAGGCUUUGCACUUGAGUUUUGAUGGAGCAGAUACCUUGGCACCUUGGUUCUGGAUUGUCACUUUGAUCACCGUGUGGUCUUUUUAUUGUUUUUUUCUUUUUUUUUUUUCUUUUUUUUUUAAUACUUAAUCAUGUAAGCAUCUUGGACAGAUGUUACUCAUUAAAAGCAUUUAAUAUGAAAA